UAAAUUAUGAAACCAUUUCGAAGAGCUGGAAAUUUUUUCAUAUAUCGACAGUGGCUACUUAUAAGGAAAGGUUGCUUCGAUAAAAAAGACUAUCAAGAAAUAUCCAUUUCUACUGCUAUUCACAAAAAAUUGAUGUUCCAAGGGUUUCAGAGUUAUAUUUUUGCUUCUGGACUUUAAUCUAGUGCGGGUUUUGAAAUUGAAGGUCACUCCGAGCAAGUCGUUGAUGCCAAGCCUCAAUUAAUUUGUAUGGGGCAUACCUUUAUUGGUAUUCAAGAAUCUUGACAAAUAAAUAUUACUUAUUUGUCUUACAGAAUUCGAAAGUGCAUUGUUCCUGAUUUUCUCAGCAAAUAAUAAGGAGCUUCGGAAUUUUUUUGGAUUUUGUUAUUUAUUUUAUGCAGGUUCUUGUAAACAAUGGACGAUCGACCAGUUAGUGGUGUAGGCGCUUACAAAAUUAAUUGGGAUGAAAUAGAUGAAAUGUCAAAUCCGUUUGGAAGUGGUGGUAAAGGUCUUCCAGUUAAAAAUCAACCUAAGUCUGUUACGAAACCAUCUCCCCAAGGUGAUCGCUCAAACGAUAACAUAAAUCAACCAACAAAUUUAUCAGUUGACUCCAAUCCUGAGAAACUACCAAAGAAAUCUCCACAGAACCCUCAACCGCUACCCAAAUCUCUCCCCAAGUCUAAUAACUCUACUGAAGUCAAGCAAUCACCGAAUCCCCCGUCAUCUGAAGCUUCGCCUGUGGUGGUAAACGAACAGGACGUGCCUAAAAACGUCCAGAAGGGAAAUAUUCCUCAGUGUAAUGGUGAACUGCUCGCAACUCCAACUCCCCAAUCGAUCCCAUCUCCUGAAGAAAUAUGUGAAGCAUUACAAAGUGUUAUUGAUCUUCAGUCUGAUAUAAAUCCUGAUGUCGGUAAUAACUUAGAAGUUGCACAAGAUCAUUCUAAUGAAUCCAAUCCAAGUUUAGGUGAACCCGUGGAAAACAAUGUUGAAAACAGUAACGUUGUUCCUGAUGUUAUGCAGACUUCACGUAUUGAUUCAUCAACUCGACCAGCAUCACCAGCUCAAGCUGGAAUGCUUAACAAAUCAGAUACACCUUUAGUAAAUGGAAAGGAAAACUCUCAGCUACCUCCUCAAUAUCCGUUUAAAUCCUCACGAGAUUCCAAAUCGAAUGAUUCAGAAUUAAUUGCACUACGCAAGGAACGAGAUCAACUUUUAACUACGAUUGAAGAGAUGAAACAUUGUAUCACAGAGUAUGAUCGUAGUUUACAGCAUAUGGUUGAAGAGAAAGCUCAUAGUCAAAGAGAAGUCAAUAUCCCAGUAGCUGAUUUAAUUAAAGAACGUGAUGAAGCUGUAGAAGAGUUAGCUACCAUUGAGAAAGCUUUUGGGGAUUUACACAGACGUUUUGAGAAAUCGAAACAAAUUAUAGAAGGUUUUAAACAGAAUGAAGAAGCUUUAAAAAAGAGCAUUGAUGAGUAUAAAAGUUUAUUACAACGUCAGGAAAGAAAAUAUUUAGCUUUGAAAAAGCACGCUGAAGAUCAGCUAUUAAAAGUAAAUCAAGACACAGAAGGAAUAAAACAAGAAUAUGAAACAAAUCUAACUCGAUUACAGGCUUCAUUAAGAAUCUCUGAACUUCAAGUUAAGAGUUUUGAAUCUCAGUUACAGCAAAAAACUCGUGAGAAUGAAGAAUUAACUAAAAUAUGUGAUGAACUAUUAAGUAAAUACGGUGGAAUAACAUGAUAUCAUCAUGAAUAUGUGUUAGAUAUUAUCUUUGUAUAAUGGACAAGAAAUGAUAAGUUUUCAAUUUAUUUUAUUUUUGAAAAAAGGUUUUUCCUAUCAACAUAUAUCGUCUACUUUUAGACGAAGAUGAUGACAAUGUAGAAUCAAGAGUUAUUGAUGAAGAUAUCUAUCCAUAUGCAUAUACAUAAAAUAAGAAGACAUUCAUUAGCUGUUAUUAUUUUUGUUCUCAUUUCCAUCUUCAUGCGUUUGUGUGUGUGUACAUUGAAAUAAACAUUUUCUCUCUUGCCUAUAUAUAUAUAUAUAUAAAGAGAGCGAUUCAUCUGUACGUUUUGUGUUAUUGAUUGCUUUCGUUUUGUUUGAUUUUUCGUAAAGUGCCUAAUGCAUUUUUUUAAAACUCAUUUUAAUUCUGUGCUUAAAAGUGGAAACGAAGGAAGAUUUAAUGUGAUGAUACAACAUUUUAUCAAAUAUCUUAAUUUGUAAACUAUAGAUAUUGAUUUCUGUUAUUAUUGUUGUUUAAUCACUAUACAAUCUUGAUUACUUUUGACUGUAAUCGUUGCGACACUUAAAAGUGUUUUCCUUUUAUCACUAUAUAUAUAUAAAAACCCAUACACACAUACCAGCUAACUUACUGUUAUAUUUAUCUAUUCAAGCAGAUAUAUCACUAAAAUUUAAUUCAUUGAAAAUAGAAUUAUAUUAAAGUUUUGUUACUGUUUGUAAUAAUAUAGUGUUGAAAUCUUUUGAGUUUAAGAAGAAAAAGACUUCUUUUGCUUUGUUUGGUGUUGUUUCACCGCUGUGGUUUGUUUUAGUAAAACUUAUACAAUAUAAUAUAUAUGAUCUCAAUUCCGCUUGAAAUGUCCAAUAGGUGUCAUUGAACAACUUUGAGUUUGAAUUAUAAAUUUGUGAUUAUAAAA